UUUAUUUCUUAAUUUGUCAUUUAUCCCAUUCUGCACUGAUAAACCCACGAAAAAAGAGAAAACCAAUGUCAAGAAGAACGCUGGUCAGUGGGCCAGUUGCAGUUUCAUCGCCCGUUUAUUUUAUCCCAUUCUUCCAGUUACAUUUGAAGAGCCAUUUGAAGGGUUCCCCACGCGCAUGCUCAAUAGCGCGCACCGGACUGGAGCACAACAAAGACCCCUCUUUAGUUGUCUUUUUUCGAGGGCUUUUAACAGAUCAAAAAAAGAAGUCAAACAGCUCGAAGUCAAUGAAGAAUCCCUUAUAAAACCAUCAAGCUAUAAUAACAGCUAAUUGAAGUAUUAGGAUCGGUCAUGUUUGGUUCGCAUCGACCAAAAGUUUUCCGAUCACGGCUUGGUUGUUGUAUCUGCGGUGCUAAAUCUUCAAGCUCGCGUUUCACGUCUUCAACAAAAUACGAAGAACAUUUUGAAGGCUGCUUUAUUCUCGACGAAAAACGCCAAGGAGAGAUCUGCAAUGCUUGUGUGUUGCUUGUUAAAAGAUGGAGUAGGCUUCCUGAAGGAAGUACGAAAAACUGGAAGCAUGUUGUCAACAGUAAAGCCACCAUAAAGAGGAAUACAAGGCCUAGAAGAGCAUCUAAGUCGAAAUAUUCCAUAGAAAAUGGAGAAAGUAAAGCAAUAGAAGAGCUAGAUUCAACAAGUGUCAAGAAGAAUGGCUCGACAGACCCAAUGGAAACCAAUGAUGUGGAAGAUCAAGAAUCAGAAUGUAUUUCUCACAGUCCCUCACCUAGUGACAUCUCCGAAGAGAGCUCAUCCGGUUCACUGACUCCCCCUGAAGCAACAACCAAGUCCACCACAUCUGCUGCAUGCCAAACUUCAUUUCUGUUCCCAUCUUUAAAAUCAUCAGCCUUUAACAAGCUCCCGUACAUCGACCUAUCCAUGUGGCGACAAGAAGAGAUCUGUUGUGGGAUGAUUUUCCGUGGUCCUUGCGGUGAAGUUUUGGUAGAUCCCAAACUUUUGAAUCCAUUGUGUACUUGUUCGACAAGUCAGAACAAGAAGAUAGAGUAUGGAGCAACGAAGGGUGUGUGCAAAGUUCCUAGUAUAUAACUUUGGUGAAGCCAAGAAUCCAUAAAAAAUUCAACUAUUAUAAAAAGGACUUUUGCAUAUCUUUUUACAGAACAAGGACUGGUUUUUUUAAAGCUUAUUUUUCUCCAUGAGAAAGAACUACCUUUAAAACAUCUCAAAUAUUAUUUCAGAGAGUGAACACCAAAUCUUUUUUCGUUUUUGUUCUUGGUUUUUGUCAGAAGAAACACUUUAUAUUUUUAUCUAUUUAUCCAAAAAAUACUACGACCUAGAGAAAAUUUUUUAGGUUAUUAUAUACUAUAUCUCUAAAGUACCUUUUCCAAUCUAAUGCUGCUUUUUAUUGCUAAGCGCUGAUUGAGACAAACGUCAUGACAGGUUGACGGGCAAUAGACUAUWGUCAAUCAAAUAAAUCGCUGGUGCACAAAAAGGGAACCAUACUUUAAUGGUUUAUCUUAUUGACUGUAGUCUAUUGCCUGUUGAUAAUUCAUGACAUUUGUCUUGAUCAGUGGCAAUAAAAACAGUAGUAAAUUUGUGUCUUAUGCAUCAUUAUCAUAUGAUGUACACCCCACUUGCAGUACCAAUACAGGUCAAUUUGGAGGACACUUGGAAUGCAGCUCAAUUUGGAGGACAUAACAAUAGGUUUCCAAUUCUCGGGAAAUUCUUUUGUUUUGUAAUCCAAAUUGAGCAUCUUUGACGUCAAAUGCAAGGGGUCUAUAUGAUGUUACCAAGAAUUAGUGGGCGAGGGGGAGCAGAAAAUACCAAGGGAGAGAGGUGAAGGAAAUUUGUCACUUUCUCCAUUCCCUUGAAUGCAAAUCUACCCCCCCUCCCCUCCUAGUGCUUACUCAUUAAUCUCUCAGUGAUGUCCACAUCUUACCUAGCCAUGAUCUGUGACCUGGAGCUUAAUGUUGGUACAUACAUGUGUGUGAAUCGUCCUCAUUACCUUGACCAUAAUUUUUUCCCAUUUCAGACCAUGCAUCAUUAUCUUGAGCAUAAGAUUCUUUGUCAAGGUAUUUCUAUAUACAUGCCUUUUCAUUUGCAACCGUUAAACAAAGAAAUGAUACUCUAGGGAAUGAUACGUGGUAUGAAAUGGGAAAACAUUACACCCAAAGUAAAGAGGUUUAUUAUGAACACAGUGUUCCAUACCACAGCACUUUAAAUAAUUGCUAUACCCUUGAACAUAGCAUAUAUACCCUUAGCUAGUUUAUAUACGAUUAACAUUAUAUAUGAAUAGAUUUAUCAUGUAAUAUAUCGUGAAAAGUAUAUUAGCUGUCAUACAUUUUUCUAAUUUUUUGAUUAAGAAAUAGGUUUUUCAAGAGCUUUUAGGAUGAUAUCUUUUAAAUCAACUUUUUAUACUAUACAUGUACAUGAAGUUUUCUA